UCUAUUACCUCUUUUUGUAACCAAAGUAAACAUUAUACGCUAGUAAACAUUAUACGCUAUUAGUAUACUCAAAAUAUGAAACAAAUGUAUAUUUGAAGUUUAGCGAAUGCGAGAAAGAAAAUUUUAAUAUAAGUCCAGUGGAAUCAGUGCACAACAAAAAAGCACUUUUUUGCGACUGACUGUCGGCAUACGACGUCACCCGGCAUAUUGCCCUAAAAUUCUGCAGCUUUUCAGAGUUUUGUGAUAUUGAGAUCUGAGGGAAAAAAAAAGAGAAAAUAUAUUGAUCAUUCUCUCAAAAUACGCUUGACAUAAGGGUAUAAAGGUUUGCAAUCAUGGUGAUAUCCAAGUUUACAAAUCAAAGCAAGGAAGAACGUAUGGUAAUAACAAUCGGAGAGAUAAUACAGGAGUUAUUAAAGGCACACAAUGAAAAUCGAAACAUUGAUCUAAAUAAGUUAAAGACGCGAAUUUCUUCAAAAUAUGGCUUGGAUUCUUCCCCAAGAUUGGUUGAUAUUAUUGCAGCAGUGCCUAGUUAUGCUAGAAAUAUACUUGUACCGAAAUUGAAGGCUAAACCUAUCAGGACUGCUAGUGGGAUUGCUGUUGUAGCAGUAAUGUGUAAACCACACAGAUGUCCACAUAUUAAUAUGACAGGAAAUAUUUGUGUUUAUUGUCCUGGUGGUCCAGAUUCUGAUUUCGAAUAUUCAACACAAUCGUAUACAGGAUAUGAACCUACAUCGAUGAGAGCUAUACGUGCAAGAUAUAAUCCUUUUUUACAAACUAGACAUCGUGUUGAACAGUUAAAACAAUUGGGUCAUAAUGUUGACAAGAUUGAAUUUAUUGUUAUGGGUGGUACUUUCAUGUCUUUGCCAGAUGACUAUAGAGAUUAUUUUAUACGAAGUUUACACGAUGCGCUGUCAGGUCAUGUAAGCAAUAAUGUUGACGAAGCAGUGAGCUAUUCGGAACGUAGUACUACAAAAUGUAUCGGCAUUACUAUUGAGACUCGACCUGAUUAUUGUCUCAAGAAGCAUCUUUCAGAUAUGUUACGUUAUGGGUGCACACGUUUAGAAAUUGGUGUACAAUCAAUAUAUGAAGAUGUAGCGCGUGAUACUAAUAGAGGACAUACAGUACAUGCCGUAUGUGAGAGUUUUCAUCUAGCAAAAGAUGCUGGAUUCAAAGUGAUAGCUCACAUGAUGCCAGAUUUACCAAAUGUCGAUUUGGAACGAGAUGUCGCCCAGUUUAAAGAAUUCUUCAAAGAUCCUGCGUUUCGAGCAGAUGGAUUAAAAAUUUAUCCAACAUUGGUUAUACGUGGCACCGGCUUGUAUGAAUUAUGGAAAACUGGCAGAUAUAAAAGUUAUGCUCCCAGUAUAUUAGUCGAUCUUAUAGCUCGUAUUCUAGCUUUGAUACCACCAUGGACUCGCGUUUAUCGCGUACAACGUGACAUACCUAUGCCAUUAGUAACUUCUGGUGUAGAACAUGGGAAUCUACGUGAGUUAGCUCUAGAAAGAAUGAAGGAUAUGGGCACGGACUGCCGUGAUGUUAGAACGCGUGAAGUAGGGAUUCAAGAAAUACAUCACAAAGUGCAACCCUAUGAAGUAGAGCUUAUCCGACGUGAUUACGUAGCGAAUGGCGGAUGGGAAACAUUUCUGUCAUACGAAGAUCCCUUACAAGAUAUUCUAAUUGGCCUACUCAGAUUAAGGAAAUGUUCUACCAACACAUUCAGGCCGGAAUUAAAAGAAAAAACUUCUAUAGUAAGAGAGCUUCAUGUUUAUGGCAGUGUAGUACCUGUUAAUGCUCGCGAUCCCACAAAGUUUCAACACCAAGGCUUUGGUAUUCUAUUAAUGGAGGAAGCUGAACGAAUCGCAAAAGAGGAACAUCAAUCACAUAAAAUUUCCGUAAUUUCAGGCGUUGGUACACGUAAUUAUUAUAGAAAAUUGGGUUACGAACUUGACGGUCCAUACAUGUCUAAAAUGCUUAUAUAA